AGGCAGGGCGUUGGAGUUCAGAUGUGCGCUCCCGGGAUAGGCUGCCCCGGAGAGGGAGAGGCGGGGUCGGGUGUGUCACGUGGACCUGCUCCCGCCGCCGCUGCCGCCGCCGCCGUCGUCUUUCUCUGUCUCGGCUGAGGCAGCCAUCUUGCUGUUGCCGCGUGCUGUUGUUGGAGGACCCUCCCUGCUUCAGGGUACAGCUCGCAGAAAGAAGAAGGUGGUACACAGAACAGCCACAGCUGAUGACAAAAAGCUUCAGAGUUCUCUAAAAAAACUGGCUGUGAAUAAUAUAGCUGGUAUUGAAGAGGUGAACAUGAUUAAAGAUGAUGGGACAGUUAUUCAUUUCAACAAUCCCAAAGUCCAAGCUUCCCUUUCUGCUAACACCUUUGCAAUUACUGGUCAUGCAGAAGCCAAACCAAUCACAGAAAUGCUUCCUGGAAUAUUAAGUCAGCUUGGUGCUGACAGUUUAACAAGCCUUAGGAAGUUAGCUGAACAGUUCCCACGGCAAGUCUUGGACAGUAAAGCACCAAAACCAGAAGACAUUGAUGAGGAGGAUGAUGAUGUUCCAGAUCUUGUAGAAAAUUUUGAUGAGGCAUCAAAGAAUGAAGCUAACUAAAAGUUUGGUUUUUGGAAGCUGGCAUGGACUAGAUUUAACAAAUCAGCUAUGUGGUUCCAAAGUUUUACAGACACAGAGAACAUCACCUGUUACUAGUUCAGUAAUAUAAAUAUUUUGUAUAUUAAUAAUGCUGUUUGUUCAGCAUUUUUCGGUCAUUUGAUUUUGCAUUUUGCACUUCCUCCCAGGAUAUUUUUUUGGUCAAAAUAUGAAGUAUUGGUGCAGUUGGAGGGUGUUUUGUUUUUUUGAUUCCUGGUUUUUUUGUUUUUUGUUUGGGGUAUUUUUGGUGUAUGUAUGUUUAUGUAUGUGUGUGGGUAUGUGUGUAUACAGUGGAGAGCAAAUUGGAAAACAUUUCUAUUUAUCCUCCUCCCUCCCCAGUAGAAAUAAAAAAAAAAUCUUUACAUUUGUUACUUUUCUUUUCCCCCAUAAGGCAGAGAAUUAAUGGAAAUUGAGUGUCUUGGAUUUCAGAUCUGAAGAGAUUUUUACCAUUAGUGGUUUGAUUUUAAUUUGCUUGGUUAACUAUCAUAUUUUUCAUAUACUUCUCUGGGUUUAAAAUGUCUUGGAGGUAUUUUGCCACUGGCUUCAUGCUGGAGUAAUGGGUAACGUAUCUUUGGUAUGGUUACCUUAGAUUCACUUACCUAGUCAGACCCAGAAGAACUUCUUUUACUAGCUUGCUUCCUAAAUGCCUUUUUCCCUCUCCUUUUGGUCUCCAAAUGGCCUGGUCAGCUUUUGGUAAUAUUCUUCCUCAUCUUCCACCUAGCUUGAGAAGGAUGUUCUCCAUAUAGAGUUAAGCGAGUGCCUAAUCCCUCCUUUUGUAAGAUUUUGUUCCCUCAUCUUGAGGAACAACAACUUCAUCUUCAACUUUUUAUUUCCCCCCAAUUUUACAGUUCGGUAGAUUUCAAACUGGAAUAGCUAGCAUGUGCUUGCUAAAUAAUUUUAUGCCAGCCUUAUCCUGUAUCCUAGCUGUUCUUAAUAGCAGGUACAAAAAUGCCUCUUUUUCAGCAAGGUUGAAAUUGGGAAUGUCCUUUUGAAUCAGAAGAAAAUAGGCCAUAGACUCAUCCCCCAGCACAAAUGGGCAUUCUAUGAAAUGGUACUGGCCCUAGGAGGAUUUCCUCAACCACUCUCCUACUCUUGGCCUUGAACCUACCUCUGGGUUGGAUCUUACUAUUGUAGCUGCUCACUAUACCCUCCUGCAUGCUUAGAAUAAUGCUUUGGGGGGAGCACUGGUAAAACACAGUAUUUAUUUUUUUACCUCCUUUAAGAGGACUUGGAGGUAAGUUGCAUUCAUUCACUCAAGUUUCACUCUUGCUGUCUAAUAGAAGCUUACGUUUUGCUAUAUCAGCAUUUGUUACAGCCAAUAUUUAAGGAUAAAGUUUAGAAAAUAUAUCAUUUCCUGGCCCAUCAUCAAACUAAUACAGCUUAACCUUGCAGCUGCCAACUUUUGUGUCAAGCUGGAUAUCUUUAUUUGAUAUCUAAGGUGCAAGACCAACAAUAUAUUAAGAGAUCUAUAGACAUGAAGGCAAAGCUCUUGUAUUUUUUUUCAUCCAAACACCUCAAUUUAUUUUAUAAAUUUGUUCAUUUUUCCUGUUAUGUUUUAUAUAAUAUAUGGACUAAACAAAAUAAAAUAACAGUACAAAAGAGGAGACUAUUUCCUCUUGUGCUUUUCUUGAUGUUGUGUACAGAAUUUCCUUUUAUAUUAUUCCUCCACUCUCCACCUGUAAAUGAAUGUUAGUACAGUAAUUGUUUGAAAUAAUGCCUCAUCCAGUGUUAGAUCAGUAGCUCUACAUGAUCUAUACAGUCCAGAAUUCUUUCUCUAAUUGUCCCAAAGGAGGACAUUGUGGAGGCAGAGUUAGGGGGACCACUUCUAGUGGUUAGGGACAGAUAAAUAAUAGGCAGUAUAGCGCAUGAAAGAAAACACACACUUGGAAGCCAGGAGACUUGUGUCCUAGUCAAAAUUCUGGCAUUAAUUAUGUGACCUUGGACAGGCCUUCUAACUACUCUGAAAUUUAUCAGUCAAAAUAAGAUGUUUCUUUUUUUUUUUUUGAGACAAGGAUUUGCUCUUGUUGCCCAGGCUGGAAAGCAGUGUUGCAGUCUUGGCUGACUGCAACCUCCACCUCCCAGAUUCAAGUGAUUCUCAGCCUCCAGAGUAGCUGGGAUUUUUUUUUUUUUUUUUUUUUUUUUUAAGUAAAAAUGGGGUUUUACCAUGUUGCUCCAGGCUGGUCUUGAACUCCUGACCUCAGGUGAUCCAUUUGCCUCAGCCUCCCAAAGUGCUAGGAUUACAGGCGUGAGCCACUGCGCCCAGCCCAAAUGAGAUGUUUCUAAAUCUAAAGUUUCUUCUGCUUCUGCAUUUCUGUGGAUCUCAUUUGAAAUUUUUCAAGGAAGGGAUUUUAUCGUUUGUUCAGAGAUGGCUUUAUUUUUAUUAAUACCCAUAAAACGUUUGUGUAUUUGCUUCUUCCUCUUUCUCCUUUUGAUCACAUUUUAGCUGCUCAUCUAGAGGAUCUCUGGCCAGUAUUCCUUUUUAUUGUAUUGAUAACAAUUCUUAAUGGCUGGCCUCUCUUGUGUACAAUGAGCCAAUAUUCUUUUUUGUUCUAUAUUUUUGUAUCUUCCCCUUUCCUGAAUAAAGCAUGUUUAGAGUCUCAAAGAAAUCCUCUCCACAAAGACAUGUUCCUCCCUCCAGUGUGGAUAGACACAGGGUAAGAGUUUGGAUGAAACUUUUGUAAAUAGUGUUCUUGGCAUAAAUAUGAAUUAAAUAGUUUUUUUAUAUUUAAAGAACUAGUUAAAUAUGUGCUUCUUACUAAGGUUAGGUAUUUUUUGCCAAGAUAACAACGAUAAAAGCAUUUUGUGGGAGAAAUUGACCUUAAAAUUUCAGGAUAAUUCAAGAAAUGUCUGCAGAAAAUUGAUUUAUGAUCUUAAUUUUUGUAUUAGUCCUUUGAGGUUUUUUUGUUUGUUUGUUUUUUGUAAAGCUCCUCAUCUGUUUUGGACAAGUCCAAAGUAAAUGGUUGGGCUCUUAUAUCUGUUUCACCCUUAUUUUUCCUAUUAAGUAAUGGUUUAAGAAUAUAUCAAGCACCGUAAUUUGUUAUUAAGUAGCUAGUGCUUACAGGAUUCCAUUAAAUUCACUUUAAUAAGUC